AGCAUCAGGGUGCGCAUCUUGUCUAGAUUACAGAUUGGCGAGACAAUUACAGCUUCACCGGCAGUCUAUGGCUUGUCUAUUGCUUGUCUUCCAGAGUAUUUCAUCAAACACUACACUAGCUCCCCGGGGUUUCCCAAAAGUUCCCAAAAGUUCCCGCAUGGUUCAAACAACCAAAUCGGGGAUUUGCACGGGCAAUCCCUUGCGGCACAGAAGUAAUCCGGCAGCAGCAUCGCGCUCGCUUGCAAACACGCGCAGCCAAAUUAUGGGUCUAUGUUUCCGGAGGAUCACUGAUAUGAUUACUUGUUAUUGGACGCCACAUCAGCCGACGACGAACGAUGUUUCGUUAGGCAUACGGCACAGCUAUGUCCCACCCUGCUCGAUCCGUGGGUACAAAAUCCGCUUCGAAAGCUUCCAGCCGCAUUCAGAGCCAAAAAUAUGGUGGGAGAGGCUCUGAGAAAGACCCCACAAUCCGAUCCCCGCCAUAGUUCAGCCAAUAAGUCCGACUGCUUAUUUC